CAACCAUCUUCAUCUCUUUCUCUAUGACCAUGGCGCAUUCACCAACAAAGUUUGCAUUCCUUAGCUUAGUUUCUCUACUAGUUUUGGGGUUGCUCACCAAGUUCUUGUUCAUCUCCUUAAACAUCCUUUUAAUCACUCUUACCAUUGCUUUUGUCUUUGCUAUCAUACUCUUCUCCAAUUUCUCCAAUACUCCUCCUGGUCCUCUCCCUAUUCCUAUCUUCGGGAACUGGCUCCAAGUCGGGAACGACCUCAACCAUCGUGUUCUUGCGUCGUUAGCGCAAAAAUAUGGCUCGGUGUUCCGACUCAAACUCGGCUACAAGAAUCUAGUUGUGGUGUCUGAUGCUGAGCUUGCUAGACAAGUUCUUCAUGCUCAAGGUGCGGAGUUUGGCUCUCGUCCUCGAAAUGUCGUCUUCGACAUUUUCACUAAUAAUGGACAAGAUAUGGUGUUCACGAUUUAUGGUGAGCAUUGGCGUAAAAUGCGUAGAAUCAUGACACAACCACUUUUUACAAACAAUGUUGUGCAUACCUAUAGUGGUAUGUGGGAGGAAGAAAUGGAAUUGGUUGUUCGUGAUCUUAAGAAUAACUCGAAGGUGAGAUCGGAAGGGUUAGUCAUAAGAAAGCCCUUGCAAUUGAUGAUGUACAAUAUCAUGUACCGAAUGAUGUUUGAUUCGAAGUUUGAAUCUCAAGACGAUCCUUUAUACAUUGAGGCGACUCGAUUGAACUCGGAAAGAAUGCGAUUGGCACAAAGUUCGGAAUAUAAUUAUGGAGAUUUCAUUCCUUUCCUCAGACCCUUUUUGAGGGGUUACUUGAACAAGUGCAAGGAGUUGAGAAAUGAGAGGUUGGCAUUUUUCAACAUUAACUAUGUUGAGAAGAGAAGAAAAAUUAUGGAAGCUAACGGAGACGAGCACAAAACAAGUUGCGCCAUAGAUCAUAUUAUAAACGCUCAACUAAAAGGAGAGAUUAAUGAAGAAAAUGUUUUAUACAUCAUAGAAAACAUCAACGUUGCAGCAAUACAGACAACACUUCGAUCAAUGGAGUGGGCAAUAGUCGAGUUGGUGAAUCAUCCAACCUUUCAGCAAAAAAUUCGAGACGAACUCUCAACGAUCUUAAAAGAAAUGAAAGUCACACCAUCGAACUUACAUGAGUUACCCUAUCUACAAGCCGUAGUGAAAGAGACAUUGAGACUACGCAUACCGGUACCAUUGUUAGUACCACAUAUGAACUUAAAAGAAGCCAAGCUUGGAGGCUACACAAUUCCAAAGGAGUCUAAGGUGAUGGUGAAUGCAUGGUGGUUGGGCAAUAACCCGGCAUGGUGGAAAAAUCCAGAAGAGUUCAGGCCAGAGAGGUUCCUUCAAGAAGAAAGUAGCACAGAAGUUACAGUAGGAGGUAACGUCGACUUUCGACUCAUACCAUUUGGCAUCGGAAGGAGAAGUUGCCCCGGGAUCGUUGUGGCAAUGCCAAUCUUGGGAAUGUUCAUUGCUAAGUUGGUAACCAAUUUUGAAAUGAAGCCUCCAAAUGGGAUGGAGAAGAUUGAUGUGCAAGAAAAAGGAGGACCAUUUAGUUUGUAUAUUGCGAACCCGUCGACUGUGGCAUUUGAACCUAUAAGUGUUUAGUCAGGUCGAACUGACUACAAAAUAAUAAUAAUAAAUAAAUAAAUAAAGAGAACAAAAAACUUGUUUCUCGAGAAGUAUCAUUGUCCAUU